CACUACUUCUCACACCCUCUUGAGAAAUAAUAAUAUACAAAGCCUUAUCCACUAGAAUCCAAUACUACUUCUUUUCUCUUCUACUGUUGUAGUUUUUCUUUUUGUGUGUGUGGGAUUUUCUUUUUUUGUCAAUAAUGGCUUCAAACCUAGAUCAACCAUGGCUUUUAGAAAACGGCAACCCAAAGGGGCUGAGCAAGGAGAUGCGACACGGCAGGACGGCCCACAACAUGUCGUCGUCGUCUCUACGAAAGAAGUCCGACCUCAAGCUCGUCUCCAAGGUCCCUUGUGGCCUCCUAAGGAAGAUCUUGGCUAACCUUCAAGAGGUCAUUUUAGGGACCAAACUUUCCAUUCUUUUUCCAGCCAUCCCUCUGGCCAUUGCUGCUGAGUGUUAUGGCUUUGGAAGACCUUGGGUUUUCGCUCUGAGUAUGCUUGGACUUACUCCUCUAGCUGAACGUGUCAGCUUCCUCACUGAGCAAAUUGCUUACUACACCGGACCCACGGUGGGAGGGCUUCUAAAUGCGACAUGUGGCAAUGCGACGGAGCUGAUAAUAGCAAUAUUUGCUCUUUCAGAGGGCAAAAUAGACGUGGUGAAGUACUCUCUCUUGGGUUCUAUACUCUCAAACCUACUUCUGGUCCUGGGCACCUCUCUACUCUGUGGUGGCAUUGCCAACCUCGGAAGGGAACAAAAAUAUGACAGAAGACAAGCUGACGUAAAUUCGCUGCUUCUAUUGUUGGCGCUGUUGUGCCACUUGCUGCCGAUGCUAUUCUGCUACGCAGGGGCCUCUUCCGGUGUGUCGACGGUGGAUGCGACGCUUCAACUUUCACGAGCCAGCAGCAUUGUCAUGUUGCUUGCCUAUGCUGCGUACCUUGUAUUCCAAUUGUGGACACAUCGCCAGUUAUUUGAAGCAGAAGAGGAUUCAGGAGAAGGCGGUGAUGGAUCAGAAGAAGCUGUGAUUGGAUUUUGGAGUGGAUUUGCCUGGCUUGUUGGAAUGACCCUUGUCAUAGCCUUGUUGUCCGAGUAUGUUGUGGAAACAAUUGAGGAUGCCUCUGAUUCCUGGGGGUUGUCAAUUAGCUUCCUAAGCAUAAUCUUGCUGCCGAUUGUUGGAAACGCAGCUGAACACGCUGGAGCAAUCAUAUUUGCUUUCAAGAAUAAGUUGGACAUUACAUUAGGCGUUGCUUUGGGUUCUGCAAGUCAAAUUGCCAUGUUUGUGGUUCCAUUGUGCGUGGUUGUUUCCUGGAUAAUGGGAAACAACAUGGAUCUCAACUUCAAUCUCCUCGAAACCAGCUCUCUUGCUUUGGCCAUAAUCGCCACUGCUUUCACUCUUCAGGAUGGAACUUCUCACUACAUGAAGGGAUUGGUUCUUUUGCUAUGCUACAUUGUCAUUGGGGCCUGCUUUUUCGUAUCCAAAACCCCACUUCACCCUGGAAACAAUGUUAACUUGGCAACAGUACCCAAAGCGACCGAAGUGCUCUUCAGAUCGGCUUAAGAACUUUCGGCCCUUUCUGGGUCGUCAAUAUUGCUGGUUGAGUGAGGAAAGGCUUCAAUGAAGUUGAUCAGCAGACAGAGAGAGAAUUGGGAUGCAUUUGUUAUUCUUUCAUAUUUUGAUUGGCCUCGGUUCGAUCGGUCGCCUGCCGGGAAGCAACGCUUUUUUUCGGUUUUGCUUAACUGUGAUGAUCGUCGAUUAUGUGCUUUCAAAUUUGGGAGAGAGGGAUUGGGAUACCAAGGUGAAACUUGAUGAAAAAUUUAAAUUGAACAUCUCAAUAUGUGUACACAUGCGUGAUCUCUCAGAGUGGACUUUUAUUUCAUAUC